AUCAAAAACGUCACGGUCACGUGACAUUUCGCAAGAUACGGGUCUUCCAACAUGGCGGUGUGUAUCGCAGUCAUCGCUAAAGAGAAUUAUCCCUUAUACAUCCGGAGUAUUCCAGCUGAGAAUAAACUGAAAUUCCAUUACAUGGUUCACACAUCUUUAGAUGUGGUGGAAGAAAAGAUAUCUACUGUAGGAAAAGCUUUAGUCGACCAGCGAGAAUUAUACCUGGGUCUGUUAUAUCCAACCGAGGAUUAUAAGGUAUACGGUUAUGUUACCAACUCCAAGGUAAAAUUUGUCAUUGUAGUGGAUUCUUCUAACACAGCACUGAGAGACAAUGAGAUUCGGAGUAUGUUUAGAAAGCUUCACAAUUCAUAUACGGAUGUUAUGUGUAAUCCUUUCUAUAAUCCAGGAGACACCAUUCAAUCAAAGUCUUUCGAUACAAUGGUAUCAGGGAUGAUGCUACAAGCAUGUUAAAAUAGUCUUCUAAACAAUCUCUUGUACAUAGUUUGUUAUUGUAUAUUGAUGUUUAUCAAAAAAUAUUUCUGCCAAACAUU